AUGAAGAAAUUAACCAUCAUAAUAUUCCUGGAGAUUUUCUUGGUGGUUUCCCUCUUUAUUACGACCGAAACAUCGGCAAACGGAAUUGGCUCCAACCUUGAAGAAAACCCAGAUCCAGGACUCUGUUUGGAUCCCGGUAACUGUUUGUCUCAUGCACGUAGGCUUCUAAAUCCCAACGCCGGGGUCAAGAUUAGUGCUGGUCGCGGCGGUGGUUCAAUUGGCGGUUCUCGCGGUGGCGGUUCAGUUGGUGGUACUCGAGGCGGUGGUUCAAUUGGAGGUUCUCAAGGCGGUUCCAAUGGAGGUUCUCGUUCUCGCGGCGACGCUACGCGCGGCGCUAUAAUUGGUGGGAUAGCCGGUGCUGGAGUCGGAAUGUAUCACGGUAGACAUUCUAGGGGACCUUCCAAAUCAAAUGGGGCUUCUUCGAUAAUCCCUAUGAAAUUCCAUGCAAUUUUUCCUUCUUCAAAAGAUUCUUUUUCUUCCCUUCCACGGCGUAAAUGA